GAAAGAAUCAAGAAGUUGGCUGGAAACAAAGAAUGUAGCAACUAUCAACACGUUCGAAUCUGAAUUUGCUGUAGGCAAUGCGUUAUUUCAUUUCAGUCGCACCAAUUUCCCAGGAAAUUACUAGAAGGCGGUCAGACAGUUAUCGCUCACAAGCAGCAAUAGGCUUUUGACCAGUAGUUAGCAGCUUUCAUGUAGUAAUCAUUUUUCUUAAGUCAGUCCGUAUCCAUCUCAGCUGUUAGGCAAUCCCUUUCUUGGCCCUGUAUGAUCCCUCUAUCGAUCCGCUUGAAAUGGUACUUGAUAGUCCUCGAACCUUACUGCAUGCUCGGUCUGUACAUGCAGGGAGGGUAGCAAGCAAGUCUCAUAAGCUGCUAAUAUAUGUAUCACGCAGACUGAGAGCUGUCACACUCUCUCAAUCUCUAAAAAGUGAAAAGACAUCCUUGCUGCUCUCUUAGCCCUUGAUGAUUCGGUUGGUAUCGAGAUGCCCCCACUGGUUCGACUUUAAAUCCAGCAGACCAUGAUCUUUGGUUGACACUCCAUCAUACAGCAGCCCUGGACGACAAAAGAGCGAAAGAUGGAACAACAAGCACUGGUACGAUGUUCAGUUCAAAAAUUCUUCCAUGACUCCAUUUAGUCUUUGGAAUACGAGUAGCUCCCAAUGCGGAGUACACAUAGACCUGGGCACGUUGAUGUCUGUCUUCUUCCAUCCUUUGUGCUUGCGCCCACACGUAGGUCGUGGUUGACUGCAAGCCAGACGAUGCAUCCUAUUAGGUCCAAACAGCGGCCUUCAGGUGGCGUGAAGAGAGCUUCACCGUCAACAACCAGAAUUCGGAUCGAGCGAAAGUACAAUGGCGAGCACGAUAAAGAGGACCCUUUCCACGCGAUUGCAACACCCGCAGCCGACAACAACACUAUCCCCUAGCGAGACGUAUACCUAUCACUUCACGCAGCAGGGGUUUAUGGGAGGCUAGAGAUCGCCCAAUAAAUUCCUCGAACAGGCCGACGACGUGGACGUCCGUGGCGGACACGAUGGGGGGCGAUAAAGGACAGCACACCGCUUCACCUGAGAGGCUUGUGAUUGCAUUUUAAGGUGGUACUCUAGUACCUCAUUUGUGGUCUCUCCACAUAGAGACGGCUAUGGUGGUAAAUGUGGUGCCGGGGACGAGAAUCGAACCCGUUAACCUCCGAAAAAAGCCGUGGGACCAAUCCCACCUUUUUGAGGCAGCUAGCUCUUUUUUUCCCUCCUUUCCCAUCUUAUGCUCUUGCUGAGUCGUUCUUGAGUUGGCAUGCGGCACAGGUGGGGUGCUUGGCACACAGUGGUUGCAAUCUCGCACGCCAAAUCUCCCAGUCUCGUAUUCGAGAACAUUUCGCUCUUUGCAGCAAGACAACGCGCCCAAACUUUAUCCCAGCGGAGCCUCGUACAAUCGCUUUCUUCCACAAUCAAGGAUUACGUAUCUUGCUUCGCUUUCACGCCAUUCGAGCGACAACACCUUCAAGUGGCCACUGCUCCACGCAGUUUCAAUGGUCGGCGUCCCCCGCAGCAGCGGCUGUGUGGAGUGUUUGCAGCGCCGUGUCAAGUGUGACCGCACCCGUCCAGAUUGUCACCGCUGCCAGACCCGCGGCAUACAAUGUCCCGGCUACCGGAGAGCACUCAAAUUCUACAACCGAACGACUGGGAAAGAUGACUUUACCGACGCAAGAGAUUACUCAAAAAAGCAGGGAACACAGGAAAAUACUGAUGCCGCUCGUGCACUCGCGCUCAUUAGCCGACCCAGUUUCGAUGAUACCCUUUGCCCAAGCCUCGCUGGAAAGGCUCUUGACCACCAAACAAAAGAGGUCUUUGAAUACGUAGUACACGCGACCUUCCCACUGACAUUCGCCACAUUUGCACCGCGCCUAGAGCCGAACUGGAUCCAGUUCAUCAAGUACCACCAAGCUGCGCAGACUAAGCCGAUCGAGCGCGCACUGCGAUGCUUGACAACUUGGUAUCUAGGCGCAAAGUACAAAGACCCAGUCGCGAUCGAUGCAAGCCGGUACGUCUAUGGCGGCGGGAUCCGAUGCCUUGCAGGGCUGGUCGCCAACCCGAAGACAAGAACGUCGGACAUCACAAUGGCGACUGCGGUCAUGCUCAGCGUCUUCGAGAUGCUGGAUCCUCUCACCCCGCACUCGUGGCUGAUUCACUCGCGGGGAAUCGGUUCACUGUUCCAACUCCGCGGGGCACGCAUACACAGUAGUGGCUUCCCACGAACCAUGUUCAUCACGAUCCGCUCGUUUCUUCUCGCGGAUGCCUUUAUUCGGCAAGAGCCGUCGUUCCUUGAACAGCAUGACUGGCGCACCGCAAACCAUGAAGCUAACGUUCACGAUGAUCGGAAUGGGAAGGGAUCAUGGGUUAGCAAACUCGUCGAGCAGGCGUUUAACGAGAUUAGUCUGGGGCCUGGACUGCUGUCACAUACCAGCGCGCUGAUUAAACACGGCGAGGCGGACCUCUCAAGCCACGAGCUGACCUCGCGCAUUCAACAUAGCCGCGAUAUCCUGCGCAACCUCCAGCGCCAGUUCGCCUCUGUAUCAGGGGAGGAUCUCAAAUUAAAAGAGGUUGAUAGCUCGUGCGCGGUGCCUGGACUUAGGAGCGAGGAUGUCUACGCUACUGCCACAGUCUGUCUUCAGGGGAUUUGCGCGGGACUUGCACUGUAUGACCAGUUACUGGUUUUGCUAGAGGCACACAAAAAUCGCUCAGGGCAGGGUCGUAGUUUCGAACUCCCCUGGGGCGGCGAAAUACCUAAGACAAGCCAGUUUAUUGAAGGGCCGUUUUCUGGGGAUGAUCGACCGAUGAACUGGCUCGAUCAGAUUUCAAUGUCAAUGGGGACGUUUGCGAUUUCGACCAGCUGAGUGCCUAGGAUCCAGGUUCUUUAAAAAUAGGCUCUUGUUGGCCGCGAGCCUGUUUGAAUGAUUGAUCACUAAGGGAACAGCACAUUCAGCGCGACUCUGGCUAUGUCCCUUAGUUUACAGUGGAUUCACCCGCUUUAGCGCUUUGGCCUUUCUUACUACCCUGCUAAAGGAACUAAUAUUCUUAAGACACCUUGUCCUAGGUUUUGACUCGAUUCUAAAACCUGUAAUAGCAGAGUAGUAGUAAGGGUGCCCAAUUAUGGUUGACUACCAAUAUUAUUUAUAUCCUAACGUAUGUUUAACCGUGGGACAGUGAGUGCU